AUGGGUGAGCUCAUUUUCCUUUGUAAAAAUAUGAGAUUAUUCCUCGCCUCCAGAGAAUUAUCAAAUUGGCCCUUGCCUCUCUGAUAAACUCAGCUUUUCAUAAAUUUAUCUUUUUAGGUAAAACCAAAAAUUCGUCAAUAUAUUCAUAAAUUUAUCUUUUUAGGUAAAACCAAAAAUUCGUCAAUAUUGGGAUUGUCCGACAUGCAUCUAAAGAUCAUUGCCGGAGCUGUCGCCGGUUUGCUUCUUCUUAUUUUCUUCUGCGCCGUCAUCAUGUGCUGCCUUUUGGUAUCUUCUACAUGUUUAAUUAAAAUCCUGAAAAGACGAUUAAAAACAUCAAGACAUUUUUUUUCAGACGAGGAAGAAAAAAAAGCCAGACGACAGUGAAAUGAGCUCAACGGCAUCAAAAAGCCGGAAAGUAAAAGUGAAAGAAGUAACGCCAAAAAGCUCGACGACAAAACCAACCGAGAAGCCGGAGCAUGAGAAAACCGGAUAUAUUGGUUUUGAGGAUUUUUAAUCUUAAGAAAAACUACAUUUUUUUGCAGAAUUCGAGGAAGUUAACUAA